UCCCCUUCCCGCCUUCUUCCUUCAAGCUGGAGGUUUUGGGCAGGGGUCGAUAUGAGUUAUGGAUGCAACAAUGUACACGAAAAUUCUGAAGCUCUGCGCCACCAGGGAGGCUUCAAACUACGGCCUUCUCGUCCAUGGCCGUAUCGUGACAAAUGGGCUUGCUUCCAAUCUCAACUUGCACACGCCGCUGAUUCUAUUUUACUCAAAGCUUAUGAAUAUGGAAAUGGCCCACAAAGUGUUCGACGUAAUGCGCGAAAGAAAUAAUGUUGUGUCUUGGACAGCCAUCAUUUCGGGUUAUUGCCAGAAGGGGUGCUAUGAGAAUGCUAUACUGAUGUUCAGGGACAUGCACAGGGCUGGUGUAAGGGCCAACCAGUUCACGUAUGGGAGCACCCUACGAGCGUGUACGGGCUUGAGGGGCUUGAUUGCAGGAAUGCAAGUCCAAGCGGGUAUAGAGAAAGGGAGGUUUGUGGACAACUUGUUCGUGCAGAGUGCACUGAUCGAUUUCCACUCGAAGUGCGGCGGGGAGAUGGCCGGUGCGCGGCGGAUAUUUGAGAUAAUGUCAAGAAGGGACCUUGUCACGUGGAAUACUCUGAUUGGAGGGUACGCCAUUCAGGGGUUCUCGGAGGACUCUCUUCAUCUGUUUCAGCUAAUGAUGAGAGAAGGCAUGUGUCCUGAUUGCUUUACUCUUGGAAAUGUCUUGAGAGCUUGUGCUGGAGGUGGUUGUCUCAUGCAGAUCAUGCAGAUGCAUAGCUUAAUUAUCCGAACAGGUUUUGUUUCGUAUGUGGACUUGAUCGGAUCGAUAAUUGAUGCUUAUGCAAAAUGCGGGGCCGUUCAUACUGCUCAUCGCAUAUACAAGCACAUGGAAAGAAAGGAUGUAAUAUCAUGUACUGCACUUAUCACUGCAUAUGCACGCAAGGGUAACUAUUGCAGUGAUGUUCUGGACCUCUUCGAAGAGCUGAAUCAGAUGCAAGUAGGAAUGGAUCCUGUUAUGUUAUGCUCGAUGCUUCAUGUAUGUGCAAACUUAGCAUUCCUGAGCUUGGGGAGACAAAUCCACAGCCUAGUGUUGAAAUAUCAAUCAGAUUGCGAUGUCACACUUGGCAAUGCUUUGGUUGAUAUGUAUGCUAAAUGUGGAGAAAUUGGAAAUGCUAAUCGUGCCUUCAAUGAAAUGAGGAUGAAGAACAUCGUAUCAUGGACAUCACUGAUUGCUGGGUAUGCAAGGCAUGGGUUUGGACACGCCGCAAUUGAGCUUUAUAAGAAGAUGGAACAUGAAGGGGUGGAGCCGAACGACAUCACGUUUUUGUGUCUUCUCUUUGCGUGUAGCCACACUGGGUUGACCAGUGAAGGGUGGGAAUGCUUUGGCAGCAUGAUAGCCAAGUAUAAAAUCACUCCUAGAGUUGAGCAUCUGUCUUGUAUGGUUGAUCUCUGUGCACGGUGUGGUAAACUAGAAGAAGCUCUUGGGUUGAUACAUGAUUUAGGUAUAAAGCCCAAUCCCUCACUUUUGGGUGCUAUCCUCGGGGCAAGUCGCAAUUAUGGUUCUAUACCUCUUGGAGAAACCGCUGCCAUGAAACUCAUUGAUAUGGAUCCAGAGAAUUCUGCACACUACAUUGUUCUAGCUAGUCUGUAUGCUCAAGCUGGCGCAUGGGAAAAUGUUUGGGCCACGUGGAAGAUGAUGGAAGAAAGGGGUCUAAAGAAGGGUCCAGGAUAUAGUCUCUUGCAAUAUGAGAUGCAGGAAAUUAAACAUCUGCAGCCUGAGUAAUUGACGUCAGUCUAUAUCAAUCAGGGAAAAUGAGGAUUGUCGGGGUUUGUUGUGUAUAGAUUUUGAUAUGGUGUUUGUUGAUGCUUUGAAAGGGGAAAGGAAACAUAUGGCCUUUUUCUUUAUGAUGAGUUGAUCAAGGAUGCCUUCUUGAGGAUGAACAGGUUUCCUAAACCAGCAGCUGUACAAGAAGUAUAAGGAGAAGCGGGUCUCGGUCCAGAUCAUUAGCGUCGUCUUCUCCUUUUCCUGCAAUCUCCUUCAGCUCGUUCACUUAGAGAUCAUUCCUCUCCUCUCCCAAAGCGAGAUGGUUGAACUGGAAGGUAGACCUCUUCUGUUUGAUACUGCUACUAGUGUUCAUGUUGCCUUACUGUUACCGUUAGUUGAUGCUGCACAGCAGUGAUAUAAGGAAUAAAAAAUGCUUCAGUUGGAGCCGUCCUGUUCUUGCUGGCAUUUUCUUAAUGCCUUCUCACCUCUUCCAAUAAAGGUUAGGUUUUUGUUGUUUCUGUCAUCUCCCACUGUUUAUUGCAUUUACUCUACAUUUUUCCUUUUUGUAAGUUUCUUGUUUGUCCGUUUUCUAUGUGUAUGUGUUUUUUCUUUUCACUCAUAAAUAUGCUCAUUGGGCUUCUUCGCAAUACCUUAGCUGUUUAACAGAGUUGGAGUUAUUGGGGUCGCAGUCAUGGCUAUAUGUCCGUGUUUGGAGCUGGGAAGUUGCCUUAUAGUCACUUAUCUCUUUUCAUCAAGUAAUGAGGUUUAUGAUGUCCUUUGUAGCUAUCACAAUGUCUUUUCAUCAGUUAAUGAGGUUUAUGAUGUCCUUUGUAGCUAUGACAAACUACAUGUUAAUGCAAAGGAAUGUUUACUGAUACCUUGCCCUGCUACUCAUCUUUUUUGUGUAGAGAGAUUGAAGAUGCAGAGAUCAAGGCCUUAGAAAGACAAUUCAUGCAAUCAACUGAAAUCUGUAUAACAAAGAAAAAGAAAAUCAUCCUUUGCUAGACGGAAAUGGAGCGAAUUCAAGGAUCGAAAGAGAUAUAUGAAAAAACAUGGGAUUAGAGGUUCAAGCUUUAGAAGAGCUCUUGGAGCUGCUGUUUUUGGAAAGUCACGAGUUUCGCCAGGCUAAAGGUUGCAUUUUUAACAUAAAAUUGGAAAGAAUGAUUGGAAGAGGGCCAUACAAAGUUUCUGGUGCGGCUUGUCCAGUGGACCACAAGGUUCGUCAUAUUCCCAAUGAGUGACAUAUCUGUCCCAGAGAGAGUCCUCUUUGAAGUUUGGGUUUACUGCACCAAUCCAUGUUUUCCGCGGAUCAGGGUAUCGAUCGGCGAUUAAGUAGUUAAAGCAUCCAGCACAGUGGACUGCAAACAGGGUUACCUGAAAUCAACCAGAGAUGGAAGGAGCACAGAUUUAAAAUUGCAAAAUGAUAUUUGUCAAUGGAGGUGGGAAAGGAAUUCAAUGGAGGUCUUUCAGUUGCUUACGGAUAUCAACUUUGUGCACCUUGUCCAAAAAUAGUUGAACCGUAUGUCCUUCUCUAGUCUGAAGGUGAAGGGAAGCAAGUGGAUGAGUAAGCAUUGAGACCCUCCAACAGUAACUGUUUUGAAAUCUGAGGAAAACCCAAAACAAAUUUUAGAAAUUGAUUAUGGACCUUGCAAACAGAGCACUGACUCGUCGGAGACGCCACAAUCUGAGCAUGCUGAGUGCUUUGAACCCAAGGCCACCGUUGUUCAUGAAUAGAAGACCGAUGGACUGAAAGGGUGCAGUUGAACAGACAUCAAAAAGAAACCAGGUAGACAGGUACCUGUAUGUUAGAUGGGAUUGUGUGAAGACUUUCUUCUGUUAUUGCUUGAUAAUCGUUAAUCGGCGUUAUGCACGUGAGUGUAUUGAACUUCUCUCAGCUGAAAAUUUCAGUACCUGAUGGCAAUUUUCUUGGGAUCAUCGACAAGAAGGUAAGUGUGGUUGUCCAAGUACGCCACGAAGAAAGUGAGAACAAUGUCAACAGCGAAGAAGGUAUUCACAACAUGAUCCACAACGAAGAGGGCGUCCUUCUUGUAUGUUAUAAAUGCAAAUUCGAAUGGGCUAAUCCAUGCCGAGUAAAGGACUAGGACGACAAGUAACAUCUCCCAAGCCCUGAUGAGGAUCAUGGAAAGAGAUUAGCAAGCAUAAGAGAUCCGGUUUGUGAUGAAACAUAAUAGCAGGAACAAAACUGUUGUGGGAAAAUCACCUAUACCGGGGGUUAUAGGGAGAAAUGAUAUAUUUCCGAAGCUUCGUUGCCUGGUUGAUUCUAGCACCGAGAGAAGGAAGAAGAUCACUCGAGAAGAAGCUUCCAUGGCUGAUGCUCUCAGUCUGAAACUCAUCGAAGCAGAACCGCUGGAAGAAGUUUCUCAUGCAAGAAAACAUGUCGUGGACCUCUCUUGGUAUGAUGAGGGGCUUCAGUAGAGGCUGUCAAUUUUUUUCGUGUUUGGUAAGACUCUUGUUCGAGGUUAUAUAUAUAUAGGGGCUGGUGGGGAAAUGGUGGCACGGGAGAUAGCUUCUUUUCUAAACCGCCUUUCUCCCUUGCUCAGCCUGUGAAGUAUCCCACGAGGAUAAUCAAGGUUGGUGUAUUAUGCCAACUAAAGCACAGUGCCUCGUUUAAAGAUGGAAAAGAAAGAGAGGAUGAACGUGUGGGAGAGGGAAUCCAGCAUCCUGUUUGUGCAAUAGAGGUAAAAGGAGGAUGGCUAAACACGGGACAGGACGCUCAGGAAAAGAGUGGACAUGCAACUGGAACGAGUACUCAAAGUGGCAGACAUGGAAGCUCCUUCCCUCCCUCCCUCCCUCCCUCUCUCAAAUGCAGUAAUGUUGAAGUGAGAGGGGAGAGAGAAUUUACUCUCUCUCUCUCUCUCUAUUGGAAGAGGGGAUGCAGAGGAGGACAGAGAGUUUAAGGAAGCUGUGAUAAGAAAUGGAAAUGUUGCCUUUUGCUUCAGGGAGUGUUGCAAUGGUGGAGGAGGUGGUGAUGUUGGUAGUGGUGGGAGUUCCAUCAUCUUCACCGAAGUGGAGAUGUGAGGGGGCCUUUGCAGGGACAAAUGUGUUUUGAUUUCCAUAUCAAAAUCUAAAUAUGGACCAGUUAGUUAAAAAAAUUGUUUUUGAUUCCUUAGGUCGAUCCCUUUGUCGUGGGUGCCACACGGACCAAUCGCGACGGGACCUCGAGGUGUCGCAUGCCUACAAGCUCCCGAGGUUAUUUUCAUAAACGGGCUAGAUCUGUUGGGACCGCAACAUAUUUUACCAGUUUUGGACCAGAGCUUAUGUUUCAUAUCAUACUCUGGUCUUCUGGCUGACCAGUUAUCUUAUAUUGGAAUCCUUGCUGGGUGGCCGUGACAGGGUUAUUUUCAUAAACGGGCUAGAUCUGUUGGGACCGCAACAUAUUUUACCAGUUUUGGACCAGAGCUUAUGUUUCAUAUCAUACUCGGGUCUUCUGGCUGACCUUACCGUGCUCAGAUUGACUGUUGAUGGCUUAGCGGCACCAAUCCAUGACAGAUUUUGGCUGUAAAAAAGAUCCGAAUGGAGAAUGAUUGUCUUGCGGAUUCCUCCAAUUGAAGUUGGGAAUUUUAUUUGACUGAAUUGAGGGGUAAAAGGUUCAGAUAUAUAUAUGUGUGAACUCAAAAAGAGCAGCACAAGCUCCUUUGAAUCAAUUCCCUCUAGAUUCCUA